AUGUCCAAUCUGCUUGAUACUAUUGGUCAAACUUCUAGAGAAACAACGCAACCACCUCAGGACAGCUCAACCAAACCGAUCGAGAUGAUUAAUUAUUUUUCUGACACAAGUGCCAAUAGCUGCGACGAUAAUUCAGACAAAGAAUCUCUCCCGAAGCAAUUUGCCAUCGGAGAAGGAUCAACUGCCCCCAAAAGAAAACCAAACAUAAAUGAGGUGUUUUUAAGCGAUGAAGAAAUGAGUUACACACGCCCCCAAAAUCAAGAACCUCCACCUAAGCAGUUCACUUCUAAAGUCAUGAUCUUCACGUUCAAUGACAUUCCUUUUGAAAAAUGGAAUGACCGACUCGACGAAUUUCAUGCAUGGAUGACUUCGGAAGCCAUUACAUCACCCCUGGAGCUAGUCAUUCAGCUAUUCAUGACACGACUAUCAGGAGCCCUCAAAGAAUGGUGGAACUCGCUCGGUGAGUACCGACAGCAGCAAGUCUAUCAAACGACUAUCCCUUUGCUCCUCGGAGAGAUUCACAGAGAAUUCAUCGGUACACCUACUCACCUAAAGGAGCAACUACAAGAAGAAUUCUUUUCAGCAAAGUGCUGCUCGCUCAAGAAGAAGGAUUUGGCUAAACAUUUUGAACGUCAAACACGGAGGUAUUAUGCGCUUAAUGGUCUUAAUAACCCAAGCUUGAAGCAAGUCUAUCUUUCCUCCAUUGAUGACUACCUGAGUCAACAAACCAUGUUGUACAUCAGGGACCAAAGACAGACAAUCAAAGAAAUAUUUAUUGGUCAAAUCCAACAAUAUGUCUUCCGGACACUCGAUAAGCUUUGCAAGCAGAAGGAAUUCUGGAUGGAAUUCAUGGACAAAUCAAAGCAACUGUCCAAGAUAUGUGCCAGGCCAGACCUCUCAAUCAAGUAUUCUGAGGAUGAAGUUCAACCGCCAUACUUGCCGGUCACGAUCUUUGAUCCACGAAGAAAAAAAGAACCAGUUCAUGCUAUCGCAUUCAUAGAUACGGGCACUCAUUCAUCUAUAAUGAAUCUCAAAGUUCUUCUGUCUUCAAUGUGGCUGCCACACCAACAAGAGUUCCAGGUCGCAAACGCUGGCUCGCUAUCCGUCAAGCUCAAAUCCAAAGCAAUAACCAUAGAAAUCUUCCCAGGAUGUCAAGUUACAACAGAAGUUUUAGGGUCUUCUGCGCCAGGAAAAGAUUUAAUCAUGGGAUGGGAUACAUACUAUGCGUUAAAGAAGAAGUUUGAUAUCUCACUCGAACUGAGGAAUGAAAUGGAAGUCUUUCUACAAAGCCUUCACAAAAAUACCUCGCAUAUUUUCACUUGA